AAAAGAGUGUUAAUUAAUUGGGCUGGACUCAAAGCCCGGUCAAGUUUUUGCCACGUAACACAUUGUGCGCUUGUGUGUGCUACCUCUCUUUUCUUCAUCUCAGAGUUUCGUUUCGUGCUCCUCUCUGUGGAUUCUCCUCAGAUCAACCUUCUUCAGAAAUGGCCGCAUUCUUAGCUCGGAAAUCUCUUCUUGCUCUUCGUACCCGCCAGCUUGCUGUCGCAGGUCAAGGGCUGCACAACACUCAAAAUUAUGGCAUGCGAUUGAGUUCACACCUCUACUCUACCAAAUUAGAGGACGAAGAAAGGGAGAAACUUGCAAAGGAAAUUUCAAAGGAUUGGAGUACAGUUUUUGAACGUAGCAUCAACACACUUUUUCUCACUGAGCUUGUUCGAGGUCUAAUGCUGACGCUGAAAUACUUCUUCGAUAAAAAUGUUACCAUCAAUUAUCCAUUUGAGAAAGGCCCAUUGAGUCCUCGUUUCCGUGGUGAACAUGCACUCAGAAGAUAUCCAACAGGAGAGGAACGCUGCAUUGCUUGCAAACUUUGUGAAGCUAUAUGUCCUGCUCAAGCAAUAACAAUCGAGGCUGAGGAGCGUGAAGAUGGCAGCCGUAGGACAACUCGGUAUGAUAUUGACAUGACCAAGUGCAUCUAUUGUGGAUUUUGUCAAGAGGCAUGCCCAGUUGAUGCCAUUGUUGAAGGGCCAAACUUUGAAUUUUCUACAGAGACUCAUGAGGAGCUUUUAUACGACAAAGAGAAGCUGCUUGAAAAUGGUGAUAGAUGGGAAACUGAAAUUGCAGAGAACCUGAGAUCUGAAAGCCUUUAUCGCUGAUAAUCUCGUUGGAACCCUGCUUAUUCUGUCUUAUUAUGCACUGAUAAAUAAAAUGAUCAGUGAAUGAUCUUGAAAAUUUGUAUGGAUUGUUCCUCACUUUUUAUUUUUUGGUGGGCCAUUGUUGUAAUUCUCGCAUGUAUGCAAUUGUGAUUUCUUUUUUGCUCUUGAAAUCUUUGAACAAAUGAGUAAAUAAUUGUAAGAAUUCAACAAAUAAAUGUCGUUACCUUGUAGCAAACUUGUGGCCUUGAACUAUAUAGCUUGUAUAAUGGAAAUACACUCGCUUUGAUGGUGACCCUGA